AGGUCAGUCAUCACACGCUACCAUGAAGCUCCUGAUACUAUCCUGCUUGCUGGUCAUCGCUGUUGUUGCCGAGUCUCCAGGCUACGACCUAGCGACGCCCUCUGGUCCAGCAUUCUCUUCUGGUUCAGGAUUAGCCUUUGGAGGCUCUGGAUUUUCUGGAGGCAGCUGUGGUCAUGGACAGAUCCGUCAUGUGGACGGUAGCUGCGUAACUCCUCAGAUCACCCGCAACUUGUAUGUGUUCAAUGCUCCUCAGGUGCCGCCGAUCAUUGGUCCACGACCAUACAUUCCCCUACCAAGACUUGACCACAAUAUUGUGUUCAUACGUAAUCCAGAACCCCUCCCAGCCCUUGAACCAAUUGUGGUGCCACCACCUCAACAGAAAAAUGUCUUGUACGUUCUCAACAAACGACCUGUGCACCAGCAGAAGGUCAUCCAAGUACCGGCACCAGAGCAAGAGAUCCCGCAAUUGUACUUCGUCAACUAUGCUGAAGGCGACAACCCAUCUCUGCCCACCGGUGGAGAUCUUCAGUCUGCCCUCAGCUCCGCUGCCCUUGGUGGCAGUAACUUGAUUAACAGCUUUGGCGGUGGCAGCUUGGGUGGUGGCAGCUUGGGUGGUGUCAGUUUGGGUGGUGGCAGCUUGAGUGGUGUCAGUUUGGGUGGUGGCAGCUUGGGUGGUGUCAGCUUGGGUGGUGCCAGCUUGGGUGCUGGCAGCUUGGGUGUUGGCAACUUGGGUGGUGCCAGUUGGGUGGUGGCAGCUUGGGUGGUGUUGCUGGCUUCGUGAGUAAAGGUGGCAGCUUAGGUGGCGGAAAUAGGUUUUCAUCUGGUGUUGGUGUCUCUGUAUCUCAGCCGUCAAGAUUGUAUUCACAGCCAUAAAGCAGCAAUUCUUUUAUGAACAGAAAAUCUUUGUUUGUUUUACUGCCAUUGUUAUUUCUCAGAAGCUAAUUUUUAAUCAUAUUUAUAUCAGUAUCAGUAAUUACUUUAAUGGAAAACCAUGAAAAUCCAUGAACUGUUAUAAUUUAACUUUUGUCUUCCAAAAAAAAAAAUAAAUGCUGGUAUUAUU